AUGGGCAGACUGGGUUAUUGGACCCUGCUGGUGCUGCCGGCCCUUCUGGUCUGGCACGGCCCGGCGCAGGGCGCGGCGGCGGAGAAGGGUACCCCGGCGCUGAACAUUGCGGUGCUGCUGGGUCACAGCCACGACGUGACGGAGCGCGAACUGCGAAACCUGUGGGGCCCAGAGCAGGCAGCAGGGCUGCCCCUGGACGUGAACGUGGUAGCCCUGCUGAUGAACCGGACGGACCCCAAGAGCCUCAUUACGCAUGUGUGCGACCUCAUGUCUGGGGCGCGCAUCCAUGGCCUUGUCUUUGGGGACGACACCGACCAGGAGGCCGUGGCUCAGAUGCUGGAUUUUAUCUCUUCGCAGACUUUCAUACCCAUCCUGGGCAUCCACGGGGGCGCGUCUAUGAUCAUGGCUGACAAGGACCCAACUUCAACCUUCUUCCAGUUCGGAGCAUCCAUCCAGCAACAAGCCACGGUCAUGCUGAAGAUCAUGCAGGAUUACGACUGGCACGUCUUCUCCCUGGUGACCACCAUCUUCCCUGGGUACAGGGACUUCAUUAGCUUCAUCAAGACCACCGUGGACAACAGCUUUGUGGGCUGGGACAUGCAGAACGUGAUCACCUUGGACACUUCCUUUGAGGAUGCCAAGACCCAGGUCCAGCUGAAGAAGAUCCACUCCUCCGUCAUCCUGCUCUACUGUUCCAAAGACGAGGCUGUCCUCAUCCUGAGCGAGGCCCGCUCCCUGGGCCUCACUGGAUAUGAUUUCUUCUGGAUCGUCCCCAGCCUGGUUUCUGGGAACACAGAGCUCAUCCCGAAGGAGUUCCCGUCAGGCCUCAUUUCGGUCUCUUACGACGACUGGGACUACAGCCUGGAGGCACGGGUGAGGGACGGCCUGGGCAUCCUCACCACGGCCGCGUACUCCAUGCUGGAGAAGUUCUCCUACAUCCCCGAGGCCAAGGCCAGCUGCUACGGGCAGACGGAGAAGCUGGACACCCCGCCGCACACUCUGCACCAAUUCAUGGUCAACGUGACAUGGGAUGGCAAAGACUUGUCCUUCACUGAGGAAGGCUAUCAGGUGCACCCCAGGCUGGUGGUGAUUGUGCUGAACAAGGACCGAGAAUGGGAGAAGGUGGGCAAGUGGGAGAACCAGACCCUGAGCCUGCGGCACGCCGUGUGGCCGAGGUACAAGUCCUUCUCAGACUGUGAGCCGGACGACAACCAUCUGAGCAUCGUCACCCUGGAGGAGGCCCCCUUUGUCAUCGUGGAGGACAUAGACCCGUUGACCGAGACGUGCGUGAGGAACACCGUGCCGUGCCGGAAGUUUGUCCGAAUCAACAAUUCCACCAAUGAGGGCAUGAAUGUUAAAAAAUGCUGCAAGGGUUUCUGCAUCGAUAUCCUGAAGAAGCUUUCCCGCACUGUGAAGUUCACCUAUGACCUUUACCUGGUGACUAAUGGGAAGCAUGGCAAGAAAGUCAACAAUGUGUGGAACGGGAUGAUUGGGGAAGUGGUCUACCAACGGGCAGUCAUGGCGGUCGGCUCACUCACCAUCAACGAGGAGCGCUCGGAAGUGGUGGACUUCUCCGUGCCCUUUGUGGAGACGGGGAUCAGUGUCAUGGUUUCAAGAAGCAACGGCACUGUCUCACCUUCUGCUUUUCUAGAACCGUUCAGCGCCUCCGUCUGGGUCAUGAUGUUCGUGAUGCUGCUCAUCGUGUCCGCCAUCGCUGUUUUUGUCUUCGAGUACUUCAGUCCUGUUGGAUACAACAGAAACUUAGCCAAAGGGAAAGCACCCCACGGGCCUUCUUUCACGAUUGGCAAAGCUAUAUGGCUCCUCUGGGGCCUGGUGUUCAACAACUCCGUGCCUGUGCAGAACCCCAAAGGGACCACCAGCAAGAUCAUGGUGUCUGUGUGGGCCUUCUUCGCCGUCAUCUUCCUGGCCAGUUACACGGCCAACCUGGCUGCUUUCAUGAUCCAGGAGGAAUUCGUGGACCAAGUGACCGGCCUCAGUGACAAAAAGUUUCAGAGACCUCACGACUAUUCCCCACCUUUCCGAUUUGGCACGGUGCCUAACGGCAGUACUGAGAGAAACAUUCGUAAUAACUACCCCUACAUGCAUCAGUACAUGACCAAAUUCAAUCAGAAGGGAGUCGAGGAUGCCUUGGUCAGCUUGAAAACAGGGAAACUGGACGCUUUCAUCUACGAUGCGGCGGUCUUGAAUUACAAGGCUGGCAGGGAUGAAGGCUGUAAGCUUGUGACCAUCGGCAGUGGGUACAUCUUUGCCACCACUGGUUACGGAAUCGCCCUCCAGAAGGGCUCGCCAUGGAAGAGGCAGAUUGACCUGGCCCUGCUCCAGUUUGUGGGUGAUGGCGAGAUGGAGGAGCUGGAGACCCUGUGGCUCACGGGGAUCUGCCACAACGAGAAGAACGAGGUGAUGAGCAGCCAGCUGGACAUCGACAACAUGGCGGGCGUGUUCUACAUGCUGGCGGCCGCCAUGGCCCUCAGCCUCAUCACCUUCAUCUGGGAGCACCUCUUCUACUGGAAGCUGCGCUUCUGCUUCACCGGCGUCUGCUCCGACCGCCCGGGGCUGCUCUUCUCCAUCAGCAGGGGCAUUUACAGCUGUAUCCAUGGGGUGCACAUCGAGGAGAAGAAGAAGUCUCCGGACUUCAACCUGACCGGGUCCCAGAGCAACAUGUUAAAGCUGCUCCGGUCGGCCAAAAACAUCUCCGACGUGUCCAACGUGAACUCCUCGAGAAUGGAUUCCCCCAAGAGGACUGCGGACUUCAUCCAAAGAGGCUCCCUCAUCGUGGACAUGGCUUCCGAUAAGGGAAAUAUGAUCUACUCGGACAACAGGUCCUUUCAGGGGAAAGACAACAUUUUUGGGGACAACAUGAACGAGCUGCAGACGUUUGUGGCCAGCAGGCACAAGGACAACCUCAACAACUACGUGUUCCAGGGACAGCACCCCCUGACUCUCAAUGAGUCCAACCCCAACACGGUGGAGGUGGCCGUGAGCACCGAGUCCAAAGCGAACUCGAGGCCCCGGCAGCUGUGGAAGAAAUCUAUGGAGUCGCUGCGCCAGGACUCGAUGAGCCAGAACCCAGUCUCCCAGAGGGACGAGGGGGCGGCGGAGAACAGGACCCACUCCCUGAAGAGCCCUCGGUACCUUCCGGAAGAGGUGGCCCACUCGGACGUUUCGGAAACUUCGAGUCGGGCCACGUGCCACAGGGAGCCUGACAACAGCAAGAACCACAAGACCAAGGACAACUUCAAGAGGUCCGUGGCCUCCAAAUUCCCCAAGGACUGCAGCGAGGUCGAGCGCUCCUACCUGAAAACCAAAGCCAGCUCCCCCAGGGACAAGAUCUACACCAUCGACAGCGAGAAGGAGCCCAGUUUCCACCUGGACCCGCCCCAGUUUGUGGAAAACAUGGCCCUGCCCGAGAACGUGGACUUCCCCGACCCCUACCAGGACCCCAAUGAAAACUUCCGCAAGGGGGACCCCGGGCUGCCCACGAACAGGACCGCCCUGCACAACGAGGACGUGCUCCCCAACAAUGACAAACACAAAUUCUACUCCAAGCACUUCACCCUGAAAGACAAGAGCUCCCCUCACAGCGAGGGCAGCGACCGGUACCGGCAGAAUUCCACGCACUGCCGGAGCUGCCUGUCCAACCUGCCCGCCUACUCAGGCCACUUCACCGUGCGGUCCCCCUUCAAGUGCGACGCCUGCCUGCGGAUGGGCAACCUGUACGACAUUGACGAAGACCAGAUGCUCCAGGAGACGGGCAGCCCGGCCGCCCAGGAGGAGGUCUACCAGCAGGACUGGGCGCAGAACAGCACCCUCCAGUUCCAGAAAAACAAGCUCAGGAUCAGCCGUCAGCACUCCUACGAUAACAUCGUGGACAAGCCCAGGGAGCUAGACCUCAGCAGGCCGUCCAGGAGCAUCAGCCUCAAGGACCGGGAACGGCUCCUGGAGGGGAAUUUGUACGGGAGUCUCUUUAGCGUGCCCGCCAGCAAACUCUCGGGGAACAAGAGCGCCCUCUUCCCGCAGGGUCUGGAGGACAGCAAGCGGAGCAAGUCCCUCUUGCCCGACCACGCCUCCGAUAACCCUUUCCUCCGUUGCUAUGGGGACGACCGACGCUUAAUCAUCGGGAGAUGCCCCUCGGACCCUUACAAACACUCGCUGCCGUCCCAGGCCGGGAACGACAGCUACCUUCGAUCGUCCUUGAGGUCAACGGCAUCCUACUGCUCCAGGGACAGCAGAGGCCCCGGCGACGUGUACAUUCCAGAGCAUGUUAUGCCUUAUGCUGCAAACAAGAACAGUAUGUACUCUAACCCCAGGGUUUUGAACCCCUGCAGCAAUAGACGUGUGUACAAGAAAAUGCCUAGUAUUGAAUCUGAUGUUUAAAACCUUCCAUUGAUGUUUUAUCUAUAGGGAAACAUACGUAGCGGCCGACGUGCUGGAGGGUAAAUGUCGGAUGUCCGAUGGUGCCCUGCAAAGAGGAAGAGGAUUUAGGAAGGUAUUUUUUUUUCCUUUUUUUUCCUUUUUUUUUUCUGUCGGUUCUUUGCACAUGGCUCCUUGCCAUCGUCUUCCACUCAAGGAAUCUUGGGAGGUGCGAGCUGAGCAUGGCAGAUACCAGAUGGGUGAGUCCUUAACCAAAAACACAAACACACACCCGGGCGGGUCUCCCGGACGUGCUCACUAGGUAUGUUGGCAAUAAGAAUGCGUUGGAUGCCGGUGGUGAUGCUGUGAUUUCCUCUAUUCCAAACCCCAUUACGGCCCGUCCGCCAUGUGCUCUCAUCAGAAAUGCCUAGCGGUCGCUGUCGUUCUGAAUAAGCAGUACGGUAUGCAUGGACCCCCUGACUCAGACCCAACAGUGACGAAAGCGUCUUCACUGUAGCGAGAUUGACGUGCAGGAGAUUAGCGAGUCUGGCCUUGUACCUGUUUUCAGCUUUAAUGUUACGCCUCCCAUCACUGCCCAGGCCCAGCCCCCGAACUCCAGGCUUCCCCCCAAAGAAUAGCAAAAGCGUGUGUUCACAGUCACUAAGCCACCUUCGUUAGAGUCUAUUUCCAAGACCCGUCUGGAGUAAGCGGCCAGAAGGGCCCUCAGGCGGAGAGCUCCGAGGACCCCUCCAGACGUCAGCCUGCGUGUCUCACGGAACGCUCUGUCCCCCUCGGCUUCGACGGUUUUGAUCGGAGCCGCGGACGCCCACGUGUCUGUCUCCGAUCUCUGACUUGCGGAUCUCCCGUCUCUGACCCAGUGGCUGUUGUAGUCUAUCCCGAAGACUUCCCGCGUACGUAAGUUUGCGUCCCCCCCCCGCCCUUCUGGUGGCGACUCAGGGUUGUAUAGUAUCUGUUACCCCUCCUUCCCUCCCGGACUGACCCUCGCUCGUUCCGUCCCCGAACGGCCAUGGUGGCAUCUAAUUAGGUGUAUGUUGCUAUUCCCAGAGCUGUUACCGCGGUGGCUCACACCAGCAGCCGUGUGUAUCCCACAAUCUGUAAGAAGUUCAGGGCCCUCCGUCCGCUCAAGGCUAGCCCUAGCUUUUGCGUCUGUCUUCCUCCACGUCAUGAGAUUCCGUUGGACGCGUGUUUCCACCCCAGCCUCAGAUGGAAAGCCUCCAGAACAGGAGACGCGCUCGUGCCCCCACCCCGAGCAUCCUCCCAGUGGUGGAUCGGCCUUAGUGGCCAAAGUGAUUCCUCUCUCCCGAAAUGUUCGCUCUCUGGAGUCAAAACCGCUUCACCAGCACCAACGGGAAUCUAUGAGAAACUCCCCAAAGCAUUUGUCAUUUCCGAGUCACCCCCCACACUGUCCCUUUUUUACUUGACUUAGACCUGUGCCUCUAUGACCUGGAAUGAGAGUCGUUUAAAAACACCGGGGUCGGAAGGGGUGUCUGCCACACGGGAAGCUCGCAGCACAGGGGGACCCACGCCAGGUGCCAAAAAAAAAAAGCAGGGGAGGUAGUUGUUCUGCGGCCACACACCAGAAUUUUGUAGCUUAAAAGUUAAAAUAUAAAACCCACAAACCACAUUAGUUAACCCUUUUUUUAAGAGUUCAAAUUUAGUGUAUUUUAACUUCACGAAUGUCCCGGAAAUAGCCAGGGUAACUAGCCAUCAAGUCUGGUGGAGUCUCUGAGUUGUCCUGGCGACAGUCAGCACCAGCCUGGGCUAAGAGCCUGCCCGUCUCCUGGUUUCCUCCUGCAUUUUGCUCUCGGUUCCUGGAGAAAGGCAUCUGAGCGGCAGGUUGAAAAGUCACCCAGGUUCUUUUCCUGACGGCACGUUCUGUUCUGUCAGUAGUGUUUUCCGGCGAGUGGGCAGAUGCCAGGAGCAAUUCUCUUAGAGCUUGAGGACUCCGUGAAUGGCCCCAUCUUUGGGCAGGUGCGCCCAGUAAUGAUGAGAAGCAGUUGCAGUAAGUUUCAGGAUCUUCGGUGGGGAGGCAGAGGCGGCCACGGGCGAGGACAUCUUUGUCACCGUGCUGCUGAGAGGCGGAAGGGGAGGGCUAAGGCACUGCGGGCAAACACAUCCAAACGUUGCAUUUUCUUUCUCAGAUGUUGUGCUUUUGCUCCAAGACCCAGGAAUGGAGAAGCCCAGACUGAAGGGCCUCAUCCCCAUUUCUAUUCUUUGGCAAAUUCCUGGCUGUCUUAUCUUUCAGAACUUUCUGCCUUUGCCCUCCCAUUGCUUUCCAGACCUACAUUCCCCCAGCCAGGAUUCACCUCAUUUCCCCGACACGAUGGGCAUGUCAUGACAUGAGAUGAAUUAAAAUCUCCCCCAGCACAGAGCAGGGGCAUGUCAUCAACCCAAAGAGGCUUUCUGUCUUCCUCCUGUGUCCUCAAAACCCCGGGCGGGGGGGCUGCCAAAAGUGACUCAAGACCUCCAGGGAGAAUGUGAAUUACACUCAGAACUGUUCCAUAGAUCAAACCCCUUCUUCUAACAACAGCAUUAUUUCUGCUGUUAACCCUCUGCUUCUUUAGAUUUAAAAAAAAAAAACAAAAAAAAUGGGGUUUUUGUAAGAACCAACGGUGAUGUGCUUCCUUUAAUACCCAACGCAGUUUUAAAAAUAAACCCUAAGGACUGGCAUGCUUUCGAUAAUGAACACAUCAUUUUCCUCAUCCACAAAUUCAUCGACUCUUCAUUGUGAUGCCAGGCGUGAAAAAAAACUGACCGCUGGUCAGAUAGGCAAUCUCCCCAGUGAAAGAGAAUGACGUAGAGCUAUUCAAAAGUGAUUCGAGUCAGUUCUGUUCUUUGGAAGAAGCGUAUCAAGACGUAAGUAGAAAGCCCUCCAACUCUGGGUCCCUCACAGAGGGUUCGUCUGAACUCCCAGCCUGAGAGCCCAAGAGCCAGCAUCUCUUAGCCCAAAACUGUGCCUGGGUUUCACCUGACUCAAGUCAGAGCUGGCAUCCGUAAUGACCCUGCAGGGACCCUAAGCGGCUUUCUCCCCUUGAGGAGGGCCCGACGGAUAACAGCUCAAUGCAGAUGCUCACGUUUCUGUCAAUGGGUGAUGGUACCCACGGGCCCAGCUGAAAACUGGGUAAGAGGCGAGUCUUCUGGGCUUGAAUUCUACUCUGCAGCCCCUGAGUUCCCACAACACGGUCUUCCCAGUGGUUCUCCCUGUAGGUCUCAGGCCACUCCUGGCGUCCGUGCUCGGAGCAGAGAGCUCCCUGGUGGGUCUGUUUUCCUGCCGGCGAGGCUCCCACGACAAGUGCAGGGUUUCAGUCUCCCCACUCUCCCGUCCUCUGCAGAUCUCCCUCCGUAACUGCGGGCAGCGCCGCGACGGGGGUCUGGAGGAUCAUACCGGGUUUCUCUCUCCCGUCCCAGAGGGCCUGCAGGCUGGCCCUACUCGGCUGCUCUGAGCAGACCAGCAAAAUUCACCCACGGCAGCAAAAUCAGUCCCGUCGACUCACGCUGCUUUUCAAGGGAGAAACAAGAAAUUGCACCUUGUUUACAAAUGAAAUAGUUUCACUUAAACGGGACUCUAGCCAAGGCAGUUAAUUAGUCCAAAGAGCCACAGCGGCCAUACAGUCCCACAUUGUUUAUUCUGUUUGAUAAGUCUGCCGCUGAUGUGUACUUAAUAUUCUGCGUCCUGCUCAGGAAAUGACAAAUGCCCUGAAUUCUUUGCAAAUAGAAUUGCUAAUGAAAAAGGGGGGGGAGAAAAAGUUGGUGUUAAUUAAAUGGUGAUUAAAAAUUUAUUUCCUUAAACCUAAAAAGUGCAGAUCUAAUAAUCAGUUGUCGCAUAAAUAAAUACCUUGCACUGAAAUCCCGCACAGUGCAAGACCUAAAUAAACACAAAUUGGAGAAACCAAAGUGUCUUCCAGAAGAGCCGAACGGGUUUGCUCACUGCAGGCGCGUCCCCGUGCCGUGUGCGCACAGAUGUCCUUGCACAGGGGACACGAGUUGUUCCUGAAGACAGAGCCGUCUAUGUGGACCGCGGCUAGAGCGCUCGGAACUGGAGUUCGGGGAAAGGGGGGGUGGGAAGCAAAAAACACUGAGUCCGCAGAAACAAGACUCACUGGCUGGUGUCUAACAGGACUUAAGGAUUCCGCACCUCACAGCGGUUUUCAACGCAAAAGCAGUGUUUUCACUUGAGACGAGAUGAGACCUUUCGGAUGCCCCGUAUUCUUUCGGUCAACAUGGUCGGAAGCGCUGGGCGAGGGUCCGGUGAGGUCUGCACCAGCACUCGGUGUGCUGUCCCGUCCCACCCCCUCGCGCCGCACGGUGUUCGCGCCGAGUCGGAGCCGAGGGC